AUGCGUAAGCCAGUAUUCUUAGCUGCUGUCCGUCUCCUUUCUCGGUCCCUUGCUGCUCCGGCACCAGCACCACGACAGCUUCCUAACCUUGUUGAUGGCGUGCUUGGGCUCGUUGGUGGACUUCUGAAGGAUGUGGAUAGUGCUGUUGCAGCCGGCAAUCCGACAGCUGUCAGUGCUGCAUUGGUAGAGAUUCAGCCCACCUCAAAACCUACCGCAAUCUCUCAAGUGCUGUCAAAGCAGGCAUCUAUCUGGGCAUCACCCACUCGGACAGACUUCUACGGUGGUAUCGCCACGCAAGUCGCCAAUGGUCUGGGACCGGUUUUGGACGGGACUCUCACCACUGCGCUCCAAGGCGGCCUUCCUGUAGGCGAUAAUAGCAUCAACAACAACAACAGAGUUGUUGCUGGGUUAUAUCCCAAGAAGCAGGGAACGACCGAUGCUCCCUACUCCGUCUCGGAAGCUAGCCUGCGCGCCGCAAUCUUCAUCCCACCGGGCUUCACCUAUGGCAACAAGACGCCUGUCCUCUUCGUCCCCGGUACAGGCGCAUACGGCGGCGUCAACUUCGCGAACAACCUCCGCAAGCUGCUCACCGGCAAAUCCUACGCAGACCCCGUCUGGCUUAAUGUCCCCGGCGCUAUGCUUGACGACACCCAAACCAACGCCGAAUACGUCGCGUACGCAAUAAAUUAUAUCGGCGCCCUAUCCGGCAGCGUCGAGGACCCCAAGAAAAUCGCCGUCAUCUCCUGGUCCCAGGGCGGCCUCGACACCCAAUGGGUUCUGAAGUACUGGCCCAGCACCCGCAAAAUCGUCCAGGACUUCCUCCCCAUCUCGCCCGACUUCCACGGCACCGUGCUUGCCAACGCGCUCUGUCUGGCACCCACCUCGCAGCUCGGCGCCGUCCCCUGCCCACCCAGCGUCAUCCAGCAACAGUACACCUCAAGCUAUAUAACACAGUUACGCCGCAACAACGGCGAUCGCGCGCUCGUGCCCACCACAACGUUCUACUCCGCGCUCUUCGACGAGGUUGUUGAGCCGCAGCAAGGCACCGCCGCGUCGGCGUUCCUGCCCGCUGGCGACAGCGCGCCAGCCUCCAAUAACGAGGUGCAGAGCGUGUGUGCGCUGCAGCCCGGCAGCGGGUUCUACGGGCAUGCGGGCGUGCUGUUUCAUCCGCUCACGUGGGCGCUGGUAAUCGAUGCGCUGACGCACCCAGGGAGUACGGGGCAGGUGGGGCGAAUUGAUAGACAGAAGGUUUGUGGGGAUUUGGUGGCGCCGGGGUUGGACCUGGAUGAUGUGCUUGCGACGAGUGGGUUGAUUGCGAUCGCGGGCGUGUCGUUGCUGACGUCUCCGAAGAAGAGGGUCACGGAGCCGCCGUUGAGGGAAUAUGCUACGUUCUAG